AUGGAGUUAUUCCUUAGAGAGAUCAGCUCAGCUUCUGAGAAGAUGUCUGGAUUCAAAGAAAUGUAUAGCUAUGAGAAUCGCCUGAAAACCUUUGCAGAAUGGCCUCUAAAAGAGAACUGUAAAUGCACUCCUGAAAAUAUGGCAAAAGCUGGUUUUAUCCACUGUCCAAAUGCCAAUGAGCCUGAUGCGGUCAAAUCCAAAACCUUGGACGUGGCAAAGUGUUUUUUCUGCUUGACAGAGCUGGAGGGCUGGGAGCCAAACCAUGAUCCUUGGCUGGAACACACCAAGCGGAGCCAAGACACUUGUGGAUUUUUAACCCUCUCCAAGGAUGUGGAUGAUCUGACAGUAGAGGAAUACUAUCAAUUAGAGAAGGAACGGGUUGAAAUUUUCCUUUGUAAAGCUGCAAGAAGCGUAAUAAGUUCCUUUGAAAAAGAAGUGGCUGAGACCAGGAAACGUCUUGUGGAUCACUUUGUGAAGAAGUACCAGUAUACUCCUGAAUCGGAGAAGCCAUACUAA